UGUGGUUAGCUGUGGCUGUGGAUGCCCUGCAGAAACGAACAUGGAGAGAUGGUCAGUCAGUCAGUCGGUGGCGCCUGGGCAACGCUCAAAGACCGGACGAAAAUCACCCCCAACCGUGUGUGACCAGCCCAGAGGCAUCCAUGGCCUCCAUUGCUCUCUCCUUCUCUCUCCAUCUUCUACUUGUACUGCUUCCGCCUUCUUCUCCGUCUCCACCCUUUGUGAGAGACAGAGGAAAAUGAAGCUACCGUCAUCAAUACUAAUCUCAUCAUGCUUCUUCUUCGCCUUCUUUCUCUUCUUGGUUGUUGUCUCGGCGGCGGAUAUUUCGCCAGGAUCAUCUCUCUCCGCCUCGAACACUAACCAGACAUGGGCUUCCCCAAAUAACGUCUUCUCUCUCGGCUUCAUCCGCGACGGCUCCGCUUUCUUCGCCGCCAUCACCUACGGCGGCGUUCCCGUCUGGAAGGCCGGGGGCGAUAAUGGCGCCGCCGACUCCACCGCCACCCUCGGCUUCCUCGCCGACGGCAACCUGCACCUCGUCAACGGGUCCUCCGGCGCCGUCGUCUGGCAGUCCAACACCGCCGGCCGCGGCGCCUCCGCCGCCUCCCUAGAUGACUCGGGUAACUUCGUUCUCCGGAACGGCACUCUUGCCGUCUGGUCCACCUUUGAUAACCCUACUGACGCCAUUUUGCCCAACCAAAACCUCACCGUUGGCAAAGAAUUGCGAUCUGGGCCUUACUCUUUUACCCUUCGUAAGUCUGGAAACCUAACCCUAAGUUGGAACAGCUCCAUUGUGUACUGGAAUUCGAGCUUGAAUUCGUCGGUCAACGCCAACGUGACAUCUCCCACCUUGGGAUUUCAAUCAAUUGGCAUAUUAUCAAUCUCCGAUCCGUCUUUUUCAAGCCCUGUGAUUGUGGCUUAUAGCAGUGAUUAUGCUGAAGCAGGUGAUAUGCUUAGGUUUCUGAGGUUGGACAAUGAUGGGAAUUUGAGGAUUUACAGCUCUCAAAAGGGCAGUGGAACCGUCACAGUGAGGUGGGCAGCUGUUAGCGAUCAAUGUCGAGUUUUUGGCUACUGUGGCAACUAUGGUAUUUGUAGCUACAGUGAUUCAAAACCCGUAUGUGGUUGUCCUUCAGAAAAUUUCGAGCCAAAUGAUCCCAAGGACAGUAGGAAAGGAUGUAAGAGGAAGGUAGAGAUUAAGGAUUGUUCAGGGAGUGCAACUAUGUUGCAGUUAGAGCAUUCUUUCUUGUUGACAUACCCUCCUGAGUUGAUUGAUGAGGUUUUCUUUGUUGGUAUAUCCGCUUGUAAGGGGAAUUGUCUUUCGGGUCCCUCUUGUGUUGCUUCCACCUCAUUGUCGGAUGGGUCAGGGUUGUGUUACAUAAAAAGCACUAGUUAUAUUAGUGGGUACCAGUCACCUGCACUUCCCAGCACUUCAUAUGUGAAGGUUUGUGCACCUGCAGCGCCUAAUCCUCCCCCAUCUUCACUGGGAGGCAGAAAAGGCAAUGGCUGGAGGUUGCACGGAUGGAUUGUUGCACUUGUGGUUUUAGGCAUCAUUUUGGGUUUGAUCAUGUUUGAGGGAGGUUUAUGGUUGUGGUGCUGUAGGAAUGGCCCCAAAUUUGGGUCUCUUUCUGCUCAAUAUGCUCUUCUUGAGUACGCCUCUGGCGCUCCAGUCCAGUUCUCGUACAAGGAAUUACUGGAUGCCACAAAAGGUUUCAAGGAGAAGCUUGGAGCUGGAGGAUUUGGGGCUGUUUACAGAGGUGUUCUUCCUAAUACAACUGUCGUUGCAGUGAAGCAAUUGGAGGGGAUUGAGCAGGGGGAGAAACAGUUUAGGAUGGAGGUUGCAACUAUAAGUAGCACUCACCAUCUGAAUCUGGUUAGAUUGAUAGGGUUUUGCUCUGAAGGACGCCACAGGCUUCUGGUAUAUGAGUUCAUGAAAAAUGGAUCCCUGGAUAAUUUCCUCUUCGCACCAGAAGACGAAGACCAGUCUGGAAAAUGGUUGAAUUGGGAGUAUAGGUUUAACAUAGCCGUAGGGACUGCAAGAGGUAUAACUUACCUACAUGAGGAGUGUCGAGACUGCAUUGUCCACUGUGACGUAAAGCCAGAAAACAUUCUGUUGGAUGGGAAUUAUAAUGCCAAAGUCUCAGAUUUUGGACUUGCAAAGCUCAUUAAUCCCAAGGAUCAUAGGUACCGCACAUUGACAAGUGUUAGGGGGACUAGAGGGUACCUGGCACCAGAAUGGCUUGCAAAUCUGCCAAUAACUUCAAAAUCUGAUGUUUACAGCUAUGGGAUGGUCUUGCUGGAAAUAGUGAGUGGGAGAAGAAAUUUUUGGGUCUCUGCAGAAACAAAUGGGAAAAAGUUUUCUCUCUGGGCAUACGAACAGUUUGAAAAGGGAAAUGUGCAGGCAAUUGUUGACAAAAGGCUUGCAGAAAAUGUGGUGGAUCUGGAGCAAGUAACUAGGGCAAUUGCAGUAAGCUUUUGGUGCAUCCAGGAACAACCAGCUCAGAGGCCGAUGAUGGGAAAAGUGGUGCAGAUGUUAGAAGGUGUUACUAAGGUUGAAAAGCCACCGAUUCCUAAGGCCAUGGCUGAUUGGCCAGUCAGUGGGACAAGUGUGAAUGUAAGCAGCAUUGUUGGCAGUCUGUCUACCUUUGCAUCUUCAGCCCCAGAUCCUUCUUUUUCAUCAUUGGUCCGAACUCAAGUAAUCUCAUCAUUCACUUCAGGAAGGAAUUUGGAGAGGGCAUCUUCUUCUCGUUUACAAUCCGAUCAAAAGUGAAGCUUAUCUCUCAUUAAUCCAUCAUAACCAAGUUUGAAGGGACAAAAUUGGAAGUGGCAAGUCUUGUUCCAUCCAUAUCCUAUGUAUAAUUUGACACUCGCCGCAUCUUAUAAUUAUAAUUGUAAUUGUAAUUGUCAUGUAAUAGAUAAUUAUUUCAAGGCAAGUCUCUUUUAUCAUAUUCAAGCUCUAUGUCCAAGUCAAAUCACAUUUAUCAGACGAAUUGUAGUCAUCAAUAAGACGCAAAAUGAUUGAUGAAUUCUUUUUUUUUUUUUUU